GUUGCCUUUAAGUUCUGAAAACAAUAAAGCAUUGAGGAAAAGCAGAGAGAGCUCUUUUAAUAAAGGGCUUCACCAGAACACACACAGAGUUGGGCUGACUUCAGGCUAUAUUAGGAAGAAGUAGCAUUUGAGCAUGACUUCACAACCUUGAGAAUGUCCUUUCUGGUAUAAUUUUGGUAGCUGAUCAUGUGAGCAGUAUGUGCACAUGUUUGUACAUAAACACCAUGUUAAGACAUUUAAGACAUGGGCAAUAGUUUAUCAUUCUAUUAUUAUUUUGAAAGCGUACUCAGGAGAUUUUUUUCAAGAUCUAUGUUCAUAUGAAAAGUCAACAAAUUAUUACUAGACUGACAUUCAACUUACUCCUAUAUUCGUUGUUGUUUCAAUUUAAAAUGACAAGAAACAUUAGGAAAAUGAAAAAAAAAAAGCUAUUGCUUCAUGAUUUAGAAAUCUCUUACAUUUCUCUAAAAAGAUUAAUUUAUAGUUAUACUAUAUGUACAAAGACAAAAAUGGAAGAGAAAUUUGAAGCAUUUCUGUACUUUUUUAAUUUCUCAUCUAAGCAUAUUCAGUUUCUAGUUAAUUUUAAGACAUUCAGCACUUAAACAAAUACUUUUAGUUUUUAAUAUAUUACAUUUAAGAUUUUGUUUUAGCUUCUCACAAAACUCACAUAUACACAAAUUCAUCCAUUCUUUCUGCGGGACAGAUUCUGAAUAAAACCAGCUAAGUUCUCAUUGAACAAGUUUCUUUCUUGUAUGGCGGUAAAAUAAGAUUAUGGCUGAAACUGGCUGCCUGUUCUUUAUAUUUUAUUGAUGCAGGGGGAAGCCUUACCAUGAGUGCUUACAGAAAUCCCAUUAUUUAAGCUUUUGGCUGUUAACACACUCUAGUGUUUGUCAGCGGUGCCGGAGCCGGUUGUCGCGCAGGGCUGGAGGUGCUCGCUCUCCCCACGGUCAGUUCUGCACUGAGGUGCAGGUCCAGGGGCUGCUCUUGUUGGUAACACACAAAUACAAAAUUUCAGUGGUGAUGUCACCUCAGGAGCAAUGGGAAAAGUGGCCCAAAUCUGGGAUUUUCAGCACACUUUCUGUAGGCGGUGGCCACGCAUAAUUCCAUAUAAGAAGUGUGCACAAUGCUUUAGGUGUGCUGAAAGACAGUUUAUCUUCAUUCUUGACUCUUCACCAAACACUGAUCUAAAAGCCUGUUCUUUCCCCUGUAAAAGGCAUUUUCCUUAUGGAAAUCUUCUAAGUGAGCAAAGUUUUGGGAUUGUUUCCCAUCUCUGUAAAUCUGACCAUAGGGGUCUCUUGAAAGAGAAUUGCUAAGAAUUUCCAACUGGACUAUGUAAUCACAGCUCCUGGUAUCAAGAGGAGGGGGAGUGACAUGAAAUCACUGACUUGUGACAUACAUUCCUCAGCAACAGCAGCUGCUGCCUAAUGACAGCUAAUAAAGGGAAUCUUCCCUUGACAGAGCUGCAUGCCUGCAGUGGGACUGGAAUGUGCCCAAGAUAAACCCACUGAUAACCUAGGAAGCAGGGAUCACCCAAAGAGUAUAAAAGACGAGCUUCAGAAGGGACACAACACCACGAGGAAGAAAGAGACUUGAAGGGACAUCUCAGAAGAAACAGCUUGAACUUCCCAGCUCCCAACGAGCUCAGCGCCAUGGACACUAAAGGCUCAUUUUUCUAUGGCUUCCUCUUGCUGCUGCUCAUCCAGCUCCAGCCCAGCAGAGCCAACCCCAUCUACAGCCUCAGCCCUGCCAAAGAACUGGCCAGCAUGGAGGCUCUGCUGGAAAGACUGGAGGACAAGUUUGCCAUGAUGGAAGCCCUGGAGUCCAAUCCUGACCUGCAAGAACCCAAAGCCCAGGAGGAGAUCCUGCCGGAACUCACCGAUGACGGCGACAACCAGAAGGCUGAACCCAGGCUGGCACCCAACACCCCCCUGUCCUACAGGGAGCCCCUCCUCAAGAGACUGAGGGGGCUGCAGAUGCCCAGGAUGAUGAGAGAUUCUGGCUGUUUUGGGAGGAGGAUUGACAGGAUCGGCUCCCUCAGUGGCAUGGGCUGCAAUGGUGAGUCCUGGCUAAGCCAUUCACCGAACAGCACUGACCGUGUCCGUGCCAUGGCACAAGGAGGGAGCAGCUCCUCAUUUAAAUCUUUAAGAAAAAGUUUCAGAAUAGAAUUAAUUUGA